UGCUGGGUUUGGUGGCCUAAGCCCAGUCCAAGGCCAGCAUGUCACUGCAGAGGAUUGUGCGCGUGUCCCUGGAGCAUCCCACCAGUGCCGUGUGCGUGGCCGGUGUGGAGACCGUCAUUGACAUUUAUGGGUCGGUCCCCGAGGGCACAGAGAUGUUCGAGGUGUACGGGACCCCCGGGGUGGACGUCUACAUCUGUCCCAGCUUCGAGAGGAGCCGGGAGCGCGCGGACACCAGGCGGUGGCACUUCGAUGAGGGCCUGGAGAUCGUCGUGGUCAUGAACUCCCCCAGCAACGACCUCAAUGACAGUCAUGUUCAGAUCGCCUAUCAUUCCAGCCAGGAGUCUCUGCCCCUGGCCUAUGCAGUGCUCUACCUCACCUGUGUCGACAUCGCUCUGGACUGUGACCUGAACCGUGAAGGCGGGCAGGACGGGAACUUCGUGGACAAGCGGCAGUGGGUCUGGGGGCCUGAAGGGCAUGGAGCCAUCUUGCUGGUGAACUGUGACAGGGACGACCUCAGCAGCGAUGUCCAGGACAACUAUGACCAGCACGUGGGCUGCCUACAAGACCUGGAAGACAUGUCCCUCAUGGUCCUGCGCACCCAGGGCCCCGCAGCGCUCUUUGAGGACCACAGGCUCAUCCUGCACACCUCUAGCUCGGACGCCAGGCGAGCCCGGGUCUUCCACGUCUGCGGCCCCAAGGACUCCUGCGGGGCCUACAGGUGCGUGCUGGGCCAGGACAAGGUGUCCUACGAGGUGCCCCGGCUCCACGGGGACGAAGAGCGCUUCUUCGUGGAGGGCCUCAGCUUCCCUGACGCCGGCUUCCCGGGGCUGCUGUCCUUCCACGUCACCCUGCUGGACGACUCCAAUGAGGACUUCUCAGAGGCCCCCAUCUUCACGGACACGGUGGUGUUCCGCGUGGCACCCUGGAUCAUGACGCCCAGCACCCUGCCGCCCCUGGAGGUGUACGUGUGCCGCGUGAGGAACAACACGGGUUUCGUGGAAGCGGUGGCCGAGCUGGCCAGGAAGGCCGGCUGCCAGCUGACCGUGUGCCCGCAGACCGAGAACCGCAAUGACCGCUGGAUCCAGGAUGAGAUGGAGCUGGGCUAUGUCCAGGCGCCACACAAGACCUUCCCCGUGGUCUUCGACUCCCCCCGGAACGGGGAGCUACAGGAAUUUCCUUACAAGAGAAUCCUGGGUCAGGAUUUUGGCUACGUGACUCGGGAACCACGGGACAGGUCUGUGAGCGGCCUGGACUCCUUCGGGAACCUGGAGGUCAGCCCCCCGGUGGUGGCCAACGGGAAGGAGUACCCCCUGGGGAGGAUCCUCAUCGGGGGCAACCUGCCCGGGUCGAGGGGCCGCCGGGUCACCCAGGUGGUGCGGGACUUUCUCCACGCCCAGAGGGUGCAGCCGCCCGUGGAGCUGUUUGUGGACUGGCUGGCCGUGGGCCACGUGGACGAGUUCCUGAGCUUUGUCCCUGCCCCGGAUGGGAAGGGCUUCCGCAUGCUGCUGGCCAGCCCCGGCGCCUGCUUCAGGCUCUUCCAGGAAAAGAAGAAGCGGGGCCACGGCAGGGCCCUCCUGUUCGAGGGUGUCAUCGGCAACGGGCGGGUCAGGACCAUCUCCAUCAACCAGGUCCUUUCCAACGAAAACCUCAUCAGCUUUAAUAAGUUUGUGCAGAGCUGCAUCGACUGGAACCGCGAGGUGCUGAAGCGGGAGCUGGGGCUGGCCGACCGCGACAUCAUCGACAUUCCGCAGCUCUUCAAGUCUGAGAGGAGAAAGGCCACCGCCUUCUUCCCAGAUUUGGUGAACAUGCUGGUGCUGGGCCAGCACCUGGGCAUCCCCAAGCCCUUCGGGCCCCUCAUCAACGGCCGCUGCUGCCUGGAGGAGCAGGUGCGCGCCCUGCUGGAGCCGCUGGGGCUGCACUGCACCUUCAUCGACGACUUCACGCCCUACCACAUGCUGCACGGCGAGGUCCACUGCGGCACCAACGUGCGCCGGCAGCCCUUCUCCUUCAAGUGGUGGCACAUGGUGCCCUGAGCCCGUCCCCCCAGCCUCCCCUCCCCCCGCAGUGGUGGCCCCCGAACAACGAGCAUCAGGAGACCCCCAGAUCGAAUGCGGGGGGGGGGGGUGACCCGUCCCUCUCAGAAACCUUUCCCUAGAAGCGUCCACCCCUCGCCUGCAGCCUGUUUGGUUCUCAGGCAUGAAUCUUCUUGGCCUCCCGCGAAGAAGGACCUCAUUUCUGUGGUUCUCAUGUGAUCUAUAUGACCCAUGGGGACUCCCCGCAAAAGUCCCCUCACCUCCAAUUCCUCUGUUUAGUGGGAGAUUCGCUUUGGGGUCUAGAAGUUUCCACACAUGUCACCAGCCAUCUGGGCCUGUGUGUCCUAAGCCAGGAAGGCCCUGGGAUUCUGCUUUGGCCUGGUUUCCUCCUCCCCCAGGGACACAAUCUUAGAGUCAGACCCCUCCACACAGGACAGGAGACAUCCUGCCCAAAGCCACCCCCGUAGAGAGGGACCUAAGGGUUCAUUUAGGACAAAGUGGGACCAUCAUCCCCCUCUAAGCUCCGGGCCAGGUGGUGAACUCUGUCCCACCCCACCUGAGCCUUCAUGUGGCAGGUGCCUGUAGAGUCACAUGAGACUUAUGCGCACGCCCCCAUCAUCUGACACACAGAACCUGAAUUUCUGGAGAUAAAAGUGCCCUGGGGAAUUGGUGGAGAUGGAAGACCUGGGUACGAGGAUGAAAAGUGUCUUUCAGAGCUCACAGGACUGGCCCUGGGGGUCCACCUCCUGAUGAGGGUGCUUAUUAAUCCUGGGGCUUCUCUGUGCAGGGGGCACCCCUGAUGAGUUGGCCCUGGCCUAGGCCUUCUGUUGACCUCGGGUCAGGGUUUCCCCAUCCUGCCAGGCUGAGGAGAGGCGGACUAGCAGGGCUGGGUCCACGGAGACAGCUCUGGAGGGACAGCUUUGGGGAUGAGCUGCUUGGGCCUGGGGUGGGCGUGGGGAGAGGCUUGGUCUGGGCUUCGAGUGUGUUCUGUACACGUCCCGCUGCGUUUCCCUCACAGGCUAAUAAAUCCGCAGAAAUACAAGUGCUGUGG